CUCCAUUGCCGCCAGGACGACAGAUUAGGCUAAUUCAGAUUAUGCAAAUGACACUACCCUCUCUGCUGACAAGGUUGACGAUGACUUGGAGAUGACCAUGGUGUGCCAUCGGCCAGAGGGUCUCGACCAGCUAGAAGCUCAAACCAAUUUCAGCAAGAGGGAGCUCCAAGUGCUCUACCGGGGCUUCAAGAAUGAGUGUCCAAGUGGGGUUGUAAAUGAAGAAACUUUCAAGCAGAUAUACUCACAGUUCUUCCCACAUGGAGAUGCCAGCACCUACGCACACUACCUGUUCAAUGCGUUCGACACAGCACACAACGGCUCCAUCAAAUUUGAGGACUUUGUUACAGCUCUGUCCAUCUUGCUGAGGGGCUCCGUCAGAGAGAAGCUCCAGUGGACCUUCAACCUCUACGACAUCAACAGAGAUGGAUACAUCAACAAAGAGGAGAUGACAGACAUUGUCAGAGCGAUAUAUGACAUGAUGGGGAAAUACACCUACCCUGUCUUGAAAACUGAUGCACCCAAACAGCAUGUGGAUGCCUUCUUCCAGAAAAUGGACAAAAACAGAGACGGAGUGGUCACUCUUGAUGAAUUCAUCCUGUCCUGUCAAGAGGAUGAAAACAUAAUGAAGUCUCUGCAGCUGUUUGAAAAUGUCAUCUAGAUCAUAAAAGAAGAGGGGGACGGUGCAAUAGAUGAAAGCACAGAGGGGGAGAAGAGGAAAGAACAAGGGGCAAGAACAAGGAGGAGAGGGAGGAGAGGUGAACCCGGACCUGCGAGGGAACAAGGACAGGAUAGCUUGCACGUGAAGGCAAUCAUGGGGCUUUUCAUCGCUGUGGUGGCGACAGGUUGCCACAAAGCUGUGUAGAGGUAUCUUGCUGUAAUAAAUCCAUGGCAACAACCCAUCACGAUGCUCAGUUAGGGACUUUGUCUUUCAGAAUCAACCCCCCAAAGGAUCUUUUGACCUUGCUUUGACCUUUCUGUGACCCUUUAUCUCGGCCUCCAACCCUCUCCAUCUCCUUGCGUUGUCCCUGUUAGAGUUGCUGUCUUCUUGGACAGCAUCUACUGUAUUUCAUGCCACUGUGUAAAUACCAAUACCACCUCCAUCUCACAUCGCGUUCAAAGCGUUUCUGGAAUUUGUAAUUUUAACCAUGUUAUAAAAAAGGGCUGGGAUUCCUACAAGCAGCUUAGCAAUGUGAUGUUCUACAUGAAAUCAGUGGAAAUGAUCAUUUAUGCAUUAUAAGCUUAAAUGAUAGCAUGAUGAAUUCACUUUUAAUGACAAUUUCCUAUGUCAGCGACAGGAACUUUCAUAUUGUAGAGCAUGGAACGCAUAGACCUACCAUAUCUUUGGCAUAUAUGCCCUUUAAAACAUGGUGGCAAUACAUUUAGGAUUUGGGAAGCCGGGUCCAGAUGUAGCCAUGCAGAGCCAACUCAUCUCUUUUCAGAAAUGUAGUUAAUACUAAUAGCACAUUCAGAUAAAUGCCUGUAAAGAUUGAAAGAGCUGAAUUUGACCUCAGUAAGGCAGUCCUCAGUCUUGUGACCAGCUUCGCGACAGUCCCUCCAAAGCCCUGCUACAGUAACUCCAACUGUGUGUGUGUGUGUACCAGUGGUGUCAGUCAGUGUUUUAAUGUUGUGAUGACUCUACUGUAGAUACUUACUGUUGUGUUUGUGGCUUCUACUCGCCGUCUGGAAUCACUCGUAUCUGUCUGUGCGUCUCGGAUUCUAGCCGUCUGUCCAUCUCCCUGUCAGGUUUCACACUGCUAGAUUAUUAUGCUGUCUGUUUCUCAACACGCAGUCUUUCAUAGCGCAAGUAGAAUAAAAAGAGCCCAUUUUAUAGUUGUGUAUAGAGCUGAGUGGGAAUGUGCAUGUGUGUGGGUGUGUAUGUGUGCGGUGUCCUGUUGUGAAGUCUCUGUUUGCCACAGUUAUUCUAAAGUGUCGUUAUGCUUGCAUGUGGCUUCCUCUUGUGGACACUAUCUAAUCGACAACCAAGCUACACGCACACUCCUGAAUUGGCUGAAGGAUGGUGCUUCUGCCGGAGAAAAGAGAGUUUCAUUGCCUUUUUUUCCAGCUCUGAUAAAAACAUUGACUUUCAAUAACCAACCUUUCACUGUGAGGGAGAGACAGAGAGGGUUAGAGAAGAGGAGGGAGACAGCAAAGAGUAUGAGAGAGAAUGAAGAAAGAUGGGAAAGUAAGAAAAAAAAAGACCUUUUCACUGAUUCUGAAGGAAUGGAAGCCAUGUUUCAAAUAAGAGCCAUCACCGUGAGGAUUGAGCGACACGAAAACACAGAUUUAUAAAUGAUUUACUGUCAUGCCCUCUCACUGUGCUACCAAAAGUAUCAUUGAAUUUGUUGCUGAGGUGUGCUGCGGCUCAAAUGUACCCAUACAUACUCACUGACAGACAGGAAGACAGACAGGUAGACAGGCAUACAGACGGACAGAUAAAAACUGUCAGAA